AUGAAGCGGCUCUUGACCCAGCGAGCCGCGCUGCCGCGCGUUGAACCUCCUGUUGCACCGAUUGCUGUCAAGCUUGAUGGCAAAAAUUAUGGCGUAUGGUCCCAGGUUGUUGAGAUGUAUGUCUCGGGCAAAGACAAACUGGGUUAUUUGAAUGGUGAUUCUCCUGAGCCCCCUCCUACAGAUCCAUCUUUUAGACAAUGGAAGACCGAUGAUUCUACGAGGCAGGUUUCUCGAUUGAAGCAAGGCGGUGGACCCAUCGAGAAAUAUUACAAUGAUCUUCAAGGGCUCUGGCGUGAGAUUGAUUUCCGCCGUCCUAAUCCUAUGCAAUGUCCGGCCGAUAUUCUGAGGUACAAUGCCAUUGUUCAUGAAGAUCGAGUUUAUACUUUUUUGGAUGGUCUCGAUGACCGCCUGGAUAAUGUUCGUGCUGAUGUUAUGAAGAUGGAUCCGUUUCCCACUAUUGAGCAAGCUUAUGCCCGAGUCAGGCGAGAGGAUAUGCGCCAAUCUGUCGUGCUCUCCACUCCUGUCGAGGUCACCUCUGGUUCCGCCAUGAUUGGUGGGAUGAUUUUCGAGACCAAGAAGAAGAAACAGGGCUCCCAAAAAGGGCGGAAUGGAGGGCAAGCCUCCUUAGUGACUAGCGGCUUGUCAUUAAUUCCCAUGGAGACUGAAUCUGCUAAUGCCGAAUCUCUUGAAGGUAAUUGUGGGUUUGUCUUUGCUAAUGGACAUGGUGAUGGUCAUCAUGGGUGGAUAAUUGAUUCUGGCGCUACAGAUCAUAUGACUCCGGAAUCUGGUGAUCUUCUUACAUCUACUACACCACGUCGAGAUCAUAUUUACAAUGCUAAUGGAUAUAGCUUUCCUGACAUUCUCACGAAGGAGAUUAUUGGGCGUGGUACUAAGAGGGAGGGGCUGUAUUUCGUGGAUGAAAUUACUUCUGGACGGACCUAUCAUUCUCGUGGACAGUUAGCUCAAGAGAAGGAACUUUGGUUAUGGCACCGUCAGUUAGGUCACCCAUCUUUUGGAUGGUUUAUCAUCUUUGUUGAUGAUUGCGCACGUAUGACUUGGCUAUAUUUGAUGAAACAUAAGAAUGAGGCUGAAGCUAUCUUUCGGACUUUUCACUGUAUGAUUCAGACUCAGUUUGGGGCCAAACUUCAGGUUCUCAGGUCUGAUAAUGGUGGCGAAUACUUAAGUAAACCUCUUGCAACUUAUUUUCAAGAACAUGGUUUGAUACAUGAAACUUCUUGCCCUCAAACUCCUCAGCAGAAUGGUGUUGCUGAGCGCAAGAAUCGCCAUCUUCUUGAACCACUCGAGCACUCUUGGAGGGUAGCCAUGUUCCCCAUCGUUUUUGGGAUUCUGCCGUAG